UCAUGCAUUAGUAAGGGUCGACUAGAAAGGACGGACGAUAAGGCUUCUCACUAUUAUGACAAUAUUGUUCUUGUCCGAGCUACUCGUAUGAGACGAGUUUGUCUUAUCUUGGCUGCUGUCAGUGUUAUUAUUGUUGUUGUUGGAGGGGUUAAUGUUGUCGAUGGUGCCCGGGCCAUCCUGACGGAUGUCAAAUUGGCGGAAGUUGGCUGGAAUGUGCAUGCUGGGAAUUCCGGGCGAUCGUGAGCCCAGAUCCUUAGCCCCAAAGCAUGCAGAACGGGAAGAGAAUCAACGAUAGUAGUAGGAUCGCAGGCGAAAGGUUGGAGAGCCGGAUCGGAGGGGAACUGGAAGAAUGGGAGCCUAGACUGGGAACGCUGCGGAACUGGCGGAUGAAUGCGCUGAAGGCUCUAUUAUGUGGAGUGUUAUUAACCAGGCGACCAGGCUGCACACCUCGGUAGCUUGGAGAUAUUUGAUAAGAUAUUACGAAGCAGACCAGGAGACCCGACACAGGCCAGAACGAAUAUAUAGCGACAAUGCUGGUGAUGAUAGAAUGUGGAGGAGAGGAUUCAUCCGCGAAUCCAUGGCCUCAGCAGAGUGGGUGAGAAAGAGGGAAAGGGGAGAGAGACAGAGAGCGAGAGAAAGCAGCAGAAUAAUACGAGCAGGGCAGCAAGCAGCUCGAUCAGCGGCUAGUUUGGUGUCAAAAAGAGUGACGAUAGUAAUCAUCCCCAGACAGGCUGCGUCUCGUCGUCGAAUGGCGAGGGCGCAAAGCAAGAUUGGCGACUACGCCAUGCAGCCAGCGAUGAUGAUGCCAGAUGCUGAGUGGCUGGGUUCCCGGCAACAGAUAAAUGGCUGGUUCGUUUGUCUUUUUAUUUUUUUUUUUUUUGUUACCCACCAGCCAGGCGUCCCUUCUGGCCACGGAGAAAUCCGGCCAGAAACUCAGGAGGUCGCUCAGGAGCUUUCAUUCUUAGACUCUGUAUACAAAUUAAACGGUCUCCAUCGCAUCCUCCCGACUAAUUAAAGGCGAUCUCAUCUUGAAACGACAGGCGGAAUCCAAAUGCUCCCG